UUGGUUAUUCAAAAUUUGGAUUAAAACGUUAUAAUAUCAUGGUUGAAUUAACUGCAAGUCGUAGAGUUGGUCUUCAUCGUUAUACUUUUCCACCAUCUGAAAAUAAUUCAAAAGUUAUCCUUGAUUUGUCUCAUAUUCUUUCUUUUGACGGUGCGAUAAUGUCUCUCUCCCUCAAUCAAAUAAAAGGAGUAGGACAAUAUAAAGGUGGUUGGAAUAGUGGUGAUUCUUACAAAGUUUAUUUUUGUUCUCAAUUUAAUGUCAAUGCUAUCGAGCAAGCAACUUGGUGGAACCAAAGAAUAGAUAUAAAUACGACAUCUUGCGUUGGAACUUCUGGUGAUAAAAUUGGUGCAAUUUUAACUUUUGAUACUAUCAAAAAUCCCGUAAUUAUUUCAAGAGUUGGAAUUUCAUUUAUUUCAGCUGAUCAGGCUUGUGAUAAUGCUGAAA